UUCAACUCUUCAUUUCUUCUUUCUUUCUUAUCUUUGCUUUCUUUCUUGUUUUGCUUUGAUCUUUUUCCAUUCCAACAAUGGAGGCCAAGCUUCUACGAGCUUCCUCCUCCUCUUCGGUCAUUCCCCCUCUUAAUGCCCCCAAGCGCUCCCAACCCACUUGCCUUUUUUCUUUCAAAACCAGAAAAAAUCCUGCUUUAACGGCUUCUUGUUCCAGUUUGCAGGAGAAACGGGUUCCUCCUCUCAAGGCUUUCUCCACUUUAAUUGGGUCAUCACGAAGAAAGAAAAGGGUUGAUGAGAGUGAGAACUUGACCCUGGAUGGCAUAAGACGUUUUUUAAUUCGACAAGAGGAUAGCAUAAUAUUUAGUCUUUUAGAGAGAGCUCAAUAUUGUUAUAAUGCAGACACAUAUGAUCCUAAUUUUUUCAACAUGGAUGGUUUCCAAGGCUCUUUGGUGGAGUAUAUUCUCAAAGAAACUGAAAAGCUUCAUGCCAAGCUGGGCAGAUACCAGAGCCCUGAUGAGCAUCCUUUCUUUCCAGAUGAACUGCCUGCCCCAGUGUUGCCACCUUUGCAAUACCCCAAGGUACUACAUCCCGUAGCAGAUUUAAUCAAUAUAAAUGAUAAAGUGUGGGGCAUGUACUUUAGAGAUAUCAUCCCUAGGUUAGCGGAGGAAGGAGAUGAUGGCAAUUGUGGAUCAACUGCUGUUUGUGAUACAAUAUGCUUGCAGGCGUUGUCAAAGAGAAUUCAUUAUGGUAAAUUUGUCGCGGAGGCAAAAUUUUCAGCAGAUCCAGAAACUUACGAGGCUGCCAUAAGAGCACAGGACCGAGAUAAACUGAUGAGUAUGCUGACAUACCCACAAGUUGAAGAAGCAAUCAAAAGGAGAGUGGAAAUGAAAGCCAGAGCGUAUGCACAAGAAGUCACUGGGGAUGUUGAAGUAGAUGAUGGAGUAGAGCUGGUGUUUAAAAUUACACCAAGCUUGGUUGCAGAUCUCUACGGUGAUUGGAUCAUGCCCCUAACAAAGGAAGUCCAAGUAGAGUACUUACUAAGAAGGUUGGACUAAAAUGCUAUGGAGUCUUCAGUAGUUUUCCAUUAUAAGAUACAAACCCUUUUGGGGAUAAUGGUUUUGCUGAUUCCUGCAUUUUGUAAAUUGAAGAUGCAUGAAACAGGAACCUGAGAUGCACUUCAUAGUGUAAAAAUAAUAUAUUGUUUACACAGGGAUAAUUCUUCCCAUGUAGAUGUUGAUUUUAUGAAAUAAGUGCAUUACAUUUUUCGUGUGC